GGGCGGCGGCGGCGCGCCGGGGCCAUGCCAUGCCCGUAGGGAGAGAUGCCUUUGGGAAAUGGAGACACUGGAGCACAGCGCAAACAUGGCGCCCCCGCGGCGCGGCUGCCGCUGCCGGGCUGGUGCCUGCUCUGCUCGCUGCUGUGCGGGGGGCUCGCCGCGACCCCGGCCCCCGCCUGCCGGCCCUGCGCCCCGGGCUGUGCCUGCGCCGCGCCCGCCUGCGCCGUCAACUGCUCGGGCCGCGGCAUGGAGCGCCCGGCGGCCGCCGUGCCCCCCGCCGCCACCGCGCUGGAUCUUUCCAAUAACAGGAUCAGUGGUUUAGAUGUUGAGCUAUUCAGAAGCCUGACUUCGCUGGCAAAGCUAGAUAUAAGCCACAACCAGAUUUCUACAUUAGAAGAUGGAAUAUUUGAUAAUUUAUUUAAUUUAAGUGAAAUAAACUUAAGUUGGAAUCCAUUUGUAUGUGACUGCAAACUGUCCUGGUUGCCCCGCUGGGUGGAAGACAGAAAAGUGAGAGUCCUUGAGGCGUUGGACACGAGAUGUGCCCACCCCCCCGAGGUGGCAAACCUGUCCCUCUUCGAUGUCGUGUUCCUCAAUGCCACCUGUGGAGCUCAGUACAUCACGUGUCUGACAGGCAACCACACUGAAGAAGCUGAGCUUGUCAUCCUCUUCACGUCUGUCCACUCUGGGAACCUCACCGAGGAGACCUGCAGUGCCCUCUGUUACUCUCAAGACCAGGAGUAUGGAGGUUUUGGCUCCCAGGGGCAGUGUUUGUGUGGAACUGCCCAUGAGACAAACUCUUCCUCCGGCUGUUUGCCAUUUUGCACUGAGCAUUUCUCUGGGCAGGGCUGUGGUGGCCCCUCACUUGUCCCCUCGCCCUUCCAGGCACAGCUGUCUGUGUCUUUCACAGGACUCCAGCCCCAGUACAGCCUGCACCAGCCCGUGCUCUUCAAUGUCAGUAUUCCCAUUGCCGUCAGCACUUUACUGUGGGAAUUUGGGGACCAGACAGAGGUUCUCAACACCACUGGACACACAGCUGUGCACACCUAUGCCUUACCCGGGCAGUACAAUGUCACUGCCACCAUCCUUGUGGGCUCCAGGAUCCUAUAUGAGCAGGCAGAAAUUGAGGUGGUGGCUUCACCCCAACAGCUGGAACUGCAAUGUCCUUCCUUGGUCAUGACAAACGAGAGCCUGGACAUCCGGAUCCGCAAUAGGGGCGGCACCGGGCUCGCGGUGCUGUACGGGAUCACUGCGGAGACUGGAGAGCUGGGCAGGGCAGUUCACCCCAUGUGCCCUGCUGAGGGCUUGGUUUUCCCGGGAAAUAACCACUGCUACCAGCUAGUGGUGGAGAAGGCAGAGUGGCUGGAGGCACAGCGGCACUGCCAGGAGCUUGGAAAUGGGGACCUGGCUUUUGUCAGCAGCCCUGACAUCCAGAGCUUCCUGGUUGCUCAUGUCAUCAGGAGCCUCGAUGUCUGGAUUGGAUUCAAUGAUUUUGCAAGCUCUGGAGCGCAGCAGAGAGGGGAAGGAUUUAAUCUGGAGAGCUGUCAGAACUGGCUGCCAGGAGAACCCCAUCCCUCCAACGCUGACCACUGCGUGCGGAUGGGCCCGACGGGCCAGUGCAACACGGACCUGUGCAUGGCCAAGCACAGCUACGUCUGCGAGUACAAGCCACAAGGAGUUCUCCUAAAUGCCGAAAACUUCUUUGAGGGAGACGCUGUGUUUGCCACACACGAGGCCGUGAGGAACGUGAGUGAAGCUGUGCCGGCAGCUCCAUGGCAGGCUGAGGAGGUGCUGGAGUUCCCGGAGCUGGUGUUCAGGCACCAGGGAUUCCUCACUGCCCUGGAGUUUGUGACACAGGAGCUGCACCAGCCUGUCCAAGUGAGGUUCCGGCUGCACAGACCGAUGGAUGGGGAAGACUACCAGGAGGAAAACAAUGCUACAGAACCAUUCCCCAGCGCUCAGGAUGACGGGAACUGGACCCUGCUGGAAUGUCCUCCUGGUUUCCAGUGGUGUCCUUUGACGAAUUUGUGCUCAUCCCACAACAACUGCUGCAAUGGGACUGAGUGUGCUAACAGUUCCUUUGGCAGCAGCCCUGCCCCUGGGUCCCUGCAGCCCAACGACAGCCAGCCCAGCUAUGAACUCCUCAAGGAAUUCCUCUUUACAGUACCAGCUGGCCCCUCUUCCCAGUAUCAGGUCACAUUCAGAAAAGAAAACAUCUUUGUCAGGGCUGGGGAUGUUUUCAGUAUCCAGCACAAUGCAAGCUCGGGGUCGUUCCUCCAGUGCCACCCCAGUGCCACCUCCGUGUACAGAAGGAACUCCUCCGAGUGGGCACCGGGCCCGUCCGAUGGCUCCGUGGAUCCCCCCAGGACAAACAGCACCGUGUGCUCUGUCUGGGUGCGCUACGCCGAGGAGCAGCUGGUGCCAGUGCUCAGCCCCCACAACACAGGGCUGGAGCACCCCGGUCACUACACGGUCCGAGCCAGCGUGGACAACGGGGUCUUCAGUGCCAACCUCUCCUGCAGCUUCCGGGUGGCCUCCCGGGUGUCCGGCCUGCGCGUCAUCCACCCCGCCCCCCAGGGCUCCAGGGUGUACCUGCCCACCAACCACACCAUGCUUGUGGUCAAGCUGUCCUCGGGGGUCAACGCCACUGCCAGCUGGCUGGGGGACAACCGCACUGUGCCCUUCGUGGCGACCUGUCCGGCGGCCGUGGCCCUGCUGUGUGCCAGGGAGACCAACGACACCUGGUUUGCUGUGGUGCAGCUGGGUGGCCUCGGGGAGGGCGUCAGCACCCACGUGCUCGUUGCGGAGAACGCGGUGAGCUCCCAGAACAUCACGGUCACGGUGAAGGUGGAGGAGCCCAUCCGCGGGCUGAGGGCCACCCCCGACCCCGAGAGCAGAGUGCUGGUGAACACACGGGUGAGCUACAUCCCUGUGAUGGAGGCUGGGUCAGAUGUGACUUUCCGAUGGACAGUAGAUGAUAAGCCAUCUUUCACUUUUUACAAUGUUGUCUUCAACGUUAUCUACCAAAGCCCAGCUGUGUACAAGCUUUCGCUCACCGCCUCCAACCACGUCAGCAACUUCACAGUCAACUACAACGUGACGGUGGAGAUGAUGAACAGGAUGAAGAACCUGAGCGUGGUGGGCAUCCUGCCAGUGCUGCCCCAGAACAGCAGCGUGGAGCUCAGCGCCAGGGUUCACGUGGACUCGUCUGUGGAGGCUCUGUUCCUGUGGGAUUUUGGAGAUGGUGUCCAGGAGACAUAUCUGUUCAAACCUCCCUACAACAAGUCUUUCCUUGUUCCUGAUCCCAAUGUCCAUGAGGUUGUCAUUGAGCACAACGUUUCACACAUCUACCAAGACCCAGGAGAAUAUGCCCUGAUGGUUGUUGUGUCCAACCAGUACGAGAACCUCACCCACCUGAGCCCAGUUCACGUCCACAGUUACCUGAUCGAUGUGAAGGUGGAGGCAGAGGAGGAUGUUUUGGUUGUGGGCCGGCUGGUCACCUUCCGAGCCACUCCUCUGCCGUCCCCGUAUGGCGUCGUGUACACGUGGGACUUCGGGGACGGGUCCUCCCUGCUCACGGAGAUCCAGCCCACCGUGACCUACAGCUACCCCCGCAGAGGGGUGUACAACGUCACCGUGACAGCCAACAACACCGUGAGCAGCGUGGAGACCGUGGAGUGCUACCAGGUGUUUGAGGAGAUAACGGGGCUCCGCGUUUCCGCGGACGAGGCCACAGAGCUGGGAGCAGCCGUCACCAUUAACGCUUCUGUGCAGACUGGGGACAGCAUCACCUGGACAUUUGACAUGGGGGACGGGACAGUGCUGAGGAGUCAGGUGCCAGUGGUGGAACACGUGUACAUAAAGGACAUCAACUGCACCGUGAACGUGACAGCUGUGAAUCCUGUGAACUCUGUCUCCCAGGCGGUUCCUGUCCGGAUAUUUGUCCUGGAAGUACUCAGAAUAGAGCCCACUUCUUGCAUCCUGGAGCACCCAGAUGUGCAGCUCACUGCCUACGUGACAGGGAAUCCUGAGGAGUACGUCUUUGACUGGACUUUUGGAGAUGGCUCGUCCAAUGUCACAGUCAGUGGGGACCCUGUGGUGAUGCACAACUUCACCCGGAGCGGGACGUUCCCGCUGUCCCUGACCCUCUCCAGCAGCUUUAACAAGGCUCACUAUUUCACCAGUGUCUGUGUGGAGCCGGAGAUCCUCAAUGUCACCCUCCUGCCUUCCAAGCACUUCGUGAGGCUCGGGGAAGAGACCACCUUCCAGGUCAGUGCCGUGCCUCCCUACCAGUACCGCUACCGCUGGAAUUUCGGCAACAACGAAUCCACCAGGUCAAGUGGGACUGAAGUGACCUACACCUACAAGAACACAGGGGUCUUCCUGGUCACGGUGACCGUCUCCAACAAUGUCUCUUUCAACAAUGACACGGCAUUUGUGGAGGUCCAGGAGCCAGUUGGGGUUGCAAAGAUUGAAUAUAACGGGACAGAUGUUCUGGAGGUGAACCAGAUCUACCUGUUCUCUGCCAGCAUGAAUGGAACCAAAGUGAGUUACUGCUGGGACUUUGGGGAUGGCACUGUCCAGCCUGGGCAAGUGGCCACCCACUCCUACAACAGCACAGGCCACUACAGCGUUACAGUGAUGGGGCAGAACGAUGUGAGCUCCAACGAGACUGCCAUCGACAUCACCGUGAAACGGCGUCUCUUUGGCCUGACCGUCAAUGCCAGCAGGACAGUGGUGCCAUUGAAUGGCUCCGUGAGCUUUGUAGCCACGCUGGUGGCUGGCACAGCCAUCCGCUACUCGUGGAUCCUCUGCGAUCGCUGCACUCCUAUCCAAGGCUCCUCCACCAUUUCCUACACCUUCCGCUCCGUGGGCACAUUCAACGUCAUUGUGACGGCAGAGAACAAGAUCAGCUCGCUGCAGGACAGCAUCUACGUCUAUGUCCUGGAGCAGAUUGAGGGCCUGCAGGUGGCCAGCAGUGACCUGGUGGAGGACAUGUAUUUCCCAACUAACAAAACACUCCAUUUGCAGGCCGUGGUGAGAGAGGGCACAAACAUCUCCUACGGCUGGGUGGUCCAACGGGAUGGCAAUGCUGUGCAGACCUUCACUGGGAAAACCUUCCCCCUGAGCAUCCUGGAAGCUGGGAACUACACUGUCUACCUGAAGGCCACCAACAUGCUGGGCUGUGCCACUGCUAACAGGACACUGGAGUUCAUUGAAAGCCUUGGUGUCCUAAAGCCCUUCGCCUUCCCCAACCCAGCUGCUAUUAAUGCCUCUGUGAACAUAAGUACCACCAUAACCAGUGGCACUGGCAUCACGUAUGUGUGGUACCUGGAGGACGGCUCCUCUCCUGUCACCUCUGAACCCUUUAUUAUACACUCCUUCCAAAGCCCUGGAAUGAUUGAGGUCAUCGUUGGAGCAGAAAACAAGCUGAAUUCAACCAAUGCCACAGUUUCUGUCUGUGUGGAGGAGGUCAUCGAGGGGCUGAGUAUAGGGACAGCAGAGCUGGACUGUAGGUAUGUCUCCUCAGGCUCCACAGUGGUCUUUGAGGGGGAGCUGCAGAGGGGGACUGAAGUGACGUGGCUGUGGGAGGUGCCAAAUGGUACAUUGAGUGGCCAGUCCGUGGCAGUCACGUUCCCCACGGCAGGGUUGUACACGGUCCAUCUGAACGCAUCCAACGACAUAAGCUGGGCUCUGGCCAGCAGGAACAUCUCGGUGCUGGACAGGAUUCAAGGUCUGGAAGUCGUCGCCAGCAAGAAGGUGUUGGAGCCAGGGGAACAGGUCACGUUUGAGAUCAGGAUGCUGUCAGGUACCUCUGUGAGUUACCUGGUGAGCAUUAGUGGGGACUACUCCGUGGUGCUCAACAGCUCCAGGUACACCCAUGAGUUCACCAAGAGCGGUGAUUAUCUGGUGACUGUGACUGUGCAGAACCAGAUCAGCAUUGCCCACGCCCAGGUGCUCAUCUCUGUCCUGGAGCCCAUCCAGGACAUCAGGCUCCUGAACUGCUGCGAGGAGGGCAUUCCCACGGGCACAGAGAAGAGCUUCAGUGCCCGCGUGGGGAGCGGCUCCCGUGUGUCCUUCUCCUGGCAGUUCUGCCUGUGGAAAGAGCGAGGCCGGUCCGUGGUUGCUGCAUCAGGGGAGAGCGUUUCCUACACUCCAGAAGCUGCAGGGCUGCUGGAGAUCCACCUCAUUGCCUUCAAUGACUUGGGAAGGAUCAACAUCACCAGAACCAUCCAGGUGCAAGACCCCAUAGUCCAGGUGUCCCUCAGUGCCACCAAUGCCUUUGUCAACAGGACGGCCCUGUUUGAAGCCACAGUGGUGCCCAGCAGCAGGAGCGUUGAGUUCUUGUGGAGCUUUGGGGAUGGCUCUUCCACUCAAACCACCAGGGUUGCAGUGGCCAACUAUUCUUACCUGAGCCCCGGGGAUUACCUGGUGGAGGUGAAUGCCACCAAUCUAAUCAGCUUCUUCAUAGCCCAGCUCACGGUCACCGUCAAAGUCCUGGAGUGCGAGGAGCCUGAGGUGGAGUUGGCCCUGCCACCGCAGGUGGUUAUGAAGAGAUCCCAGAGGAACUAUCUGGAGGCACAGAUUGACCUCCGAGGGUGCAUCAAGUACCAGACAGAGCACCUGUGGGAGAUCUACCGAGCACCCAGCUGCAUGAACUUGGAUGACUCUAGCAGGAUCCGGCUGCCGAAUGUCGACGUGAACAGGCCCCAGCUGGUUAUCCCGAAGCUUGGCCUGGAAGUUGGGAACUAUUGCUUCAUGUUUAUUGUCUCCUUUGGAGACACCCCGCUGUCCAAAAGCAUCUUUGCCAAUGUGACUGUGAUCCCGAGUAAGCUGGUCCCAAUCAUUGACGGGGGGUCAUACCGUGUAUGGUCCAACACUCAGGACUUAAUCUUGGAUGGGGAGAAAUCCUAUGACCCAAACUUGGAUGACGGGGAGCAGACCCCGUUGUUAUACGAGUGGUCCUGCACAUCCUCCUCCAAGCAGAGCUCGGCUGCAGGGUGCUCUCUGAAUUUCAGUGCCAAGGAAGGAAUUGUCACAAUAUCCAAAGCUCUAUUAGAAGCAGAUGUGGAGUACACGUUCGACCUCACCGUCAGGAAGGAGGGGAUGAGUCCCGAGGCCACCAACCAAACCGUAUUCAUCAAGAGGGGAGGAGUCCCUAUCGUGUCCCUGGAGUGUGUUUCCUGCAAGGCUCAGUCUGUUUACGAGGUCAGCAAGAGCUCCUACGUGUACCUGGAGGGCACCUGCCAGAACUGUCACAAUGACUCCAAGCUUGGGAGGUGGGCAGCUCACAGCUUUAAGAACAAGUCCCUCAUCCUGGACAAAACAACCACGUCCACUGGCGACACGGGGAUGAACCUGGUCCUGAGGCAAGGAGCCCUGAGAGAUGGCGAGGGAUACACCUUCACUCUGCACAUCACAGACCUCACCACGGGGGAGGAAGGCUUCGCCUCCAUCGACCUGCUGCCCAACCAACCCCCUGUGGGGGGGUCCUGCCGCCUGUCCCCCAAGGGACCCCUCAGGGCGCUGGUGACAAAGGUGCACUUUGAGUGUGCAGGCUGGCGGGACACAGAGGACGCCGAGGGGCCGCUGGUGUACAUCCUGCUGGCCUCGCGCCACCGCCCCGGCCACUUCCACGAGUUCUGCGUGUACAAGGGCAGCCGGGCCGAGCACGGCGCCUUCCUGCCCCCCGGCUUCCACGAGAGCGGCUUCCAGGUGUCCGUGGCCGUGCUGGUGCAGGACCAGCUGGGAGCCACCGUGGUGGCUGUGAACCGCUCCAUUGAAAUUGGCCUCCCCGAGGGGUUCCCCAGCCUCUCCCACUGGCUCUACAAUCAGACUGACAGUGUGCUCCAGGGAUUGGUGAAACAAGGGGACCCUCAGCAGGUCAUUGAGUACUCUCUGGCCCUCAUCACCAUCUUGAAUGAGUAUGAGCGAUCCAUGCUGCUGGAACCUGAGGCUGGGCAUGAAUUUGAGCUCCGGACCUGGACUCGCAACAACAUCACAGAGACCCUGAACUCCCUGAAGGUGAACACGGUGGAUGACAUCCAGCAGAUCUCGGCCGCCCUGGCGCAGUGCACGGUGGUGAGCAAGGAGUUGGUGUGCAAAUCAUGCCUGACAAGGACCCUGAACAAGCUGGAGACCAUGAUGACCAUUCUGCAAGGGGAGACCACCCAGGGCACGGUGACACCAACUGGCAUUGCUGACAACAUCCUCAACAUCACAGGUGACCUAAUCCACCUUGUCAAUACAAUUUCACAAGAAUCCAAGCCCCAGGAGCUGCUUGCUGAUUCCCACAAUUUGCUGCUGGCUCCCAAAGCCUACAACCUGUCUUCCAGCCUGAUGCGAAUCCUCAUGAAAUCUCGGGUGCUGAACGAAGAGCCCCUUGAGCUGGUGGGAGGAGAAAUUAAGGCCACAGGCAAGAGGUCUGACCCCUUUAACUUGCUUUGCUACGAAAACACACCAAACUGCCAGUUCUCCAUCCCCCAGGCCUUCAACUCCACUCUCUCCAACCUGACGGAUGUCAUCCAAGUCAUGUUCCAAGUGGACUCCAAUCCCUUCCCUUUUGGGUACAUCAGCAACUACACCGUGUCCACCAAGGUCGCCUCCAUGGAGUUCCAGACACACAACGGGGUGCAGAUCCCCAUCGGGAGCCUGGACUCUGAAAAAGCCAUCACUGUGAUGGUCUCAAACAACACAGACCCCAAAAAUCUCGUGGCUGGCACGAAAGUCAUCGAGGCAAGAACGUCCGUGAACCUGAUUGUGAUCAUGGAGAGCAACAACAGGGAAGCAGGACUGCACUUCCAGCUCACCUACAGAGUCCUCAAUGAGCAUUACCUGGCCAGUGAGCCCGAGCCCUUCAUCAUGGCCUAUCUCCAUCACGAGCCCCAGCCCAAUGAGCACAACUGCUCUGCCUCCAAGAGAAUCAGCCUGGAUGCCCUGGCUGGAAGUGACCACAAGCUCUACACCUUCUUCACCUCACCCAGAACGGACGAUCCUAACCAGAAGUACUACCUGAACAUCACCAACCACUUCAGCUGGUCGCCAGUGGAGGUGACCCUGGGGCUGUACACAUCCCUGUGCCAGUACUUCAGCGAGCAGGAGAAGCGCUGGAAGACGGAGGGAAUUGUCCCCCUGGAGGAGACCAGGCCAGACCAGGCUGUGUGCUUGACCCAGCACCUCACAGCCUUUGGGGCCAGCCUCUUUGUGCCCCCAAACUCUGUCCAGUUCAUCUUUCCUGCUCCAGGCCCAGGGCUGAACUACAUCGUGCUGCUGACAUGUGCCGUGUGCUUUGUCACCUACUCGGUGGCUGCGCUGAUCGUGCACAAGCUGGACAUGAUCGACAUGAACCGCGUGGGGGUGAUUCCCUUCUGCGGGAAGAACGGGAUGUACAAAUACGAGAUCCUGGUGAAAACGGGCUGGGGCAGAGGGUCAGGUACCACGGCCCACGUGGGCAUCGCCCUGUAUGGGGUGGACAAUAAAAGUGGCCACAGACACCUGGAUGGGGACAACGCCUUCCACCGCAACAGCCUGGACGUGUUCCAGAUCGCCACGGAGCGGAGCCUGGGCAGCAUCUGGCGCAUCCGCAUCUGGCACGACAACAAAGGACUGAGCCCCUCGUGGUACCUGCAGCACGUCAUUGUGCGGGACCUGCAGAGCAGCAAGAGCUAUUUCUUCCUGGUGAAUGACUGGCUGUCAGUGGAGAGCGAGGACAACGAUGGCCUGGUGGAGAGGGAGGUGUUUGCUGCCAGUGAGAGUGAGCUGAGGAGCUUCUGGCGGAUCUUCGUGGCGGAGCUGCAGCGCGGGUUCUUCGAGAAGCACGUGUGGCUGUCCCUGUGGGACCGCCCACCCCGCUCCCGCUUCACCCGCGUCCAGAGGGCCACCUGCUGCUGCCUCCUCAUCUUCCUCUUCCUCUGCGCCAACGCCGUGUGGUACGGCGUGGUGAGCAACGUCCACCUCAGCAAUGUGGCUGUUUCCAGCCUGAUCCCUGUCAGUGUGGACACGGUGGCUGUUGGCCUGGUGUCCAGCGUGGUGGUUUACCCUCUCUACCUGGUCAUUUUAUUUCUCUUCCGGAUGGCUCGUGGCAAGGUCUCCAUCAGCCACACAGUGACUCACUCAGACCAGCAGUCCCUGGAGAUCGAUAACUACCUGGACUCCUCAGUCCUUGACAGCUCCUUCCCCACCUUCCCCGGGCUCCAGGCAGAGGCCUUCUCUGAGCAAACCAAAACAGAUCUCUUCCUGGAGGACUCCAAGAGCCUGGUGCGGUGGCCCUCCAGCGAGGCCCUGCUCAGCUGGCCAGACCUGCUGAGUGACCCCUCCAUCAUGGGCAACACCAUCCAGAAGCUGAAGAGAGGCCGGGCCAGCCGCCACCUGGGGCUUGAGGCCCCACUGGCCACUGAGGAGGACACUUUGUCCCUUGGGAUUCACCAGGGGCAGCCCCGGUACUUCUCGGCCUCAGAUGAGGAUCUGAUCCGGCAGAUCCUGGCGGAUGGAGCCAGUGGCAUCUCCCACUCCCAGGACCUGGGGCCGUACAUGAGGGCAGAAACAGAUCUGAUCUCAGGCCUGUCCAGCGUGUUCGGGGAGAAGGUGGAGACUGUCAUGAUGCAGAGGCUGAACGACAAAGGGCAGAGCGUGGCCCCUCCUCCCAGGGAAGUGAGCAGAUCAGCCAAGUCCACCUGGACAGUUGCAGACCAGACAUUCAGGAAGCGCCUGCUCCCGCCCUGGUGCUCCCUCCUGGCUCACGGCAUCAGCCUCCUGCUCUUCGCCACCUCCGCCGGCGUCUCCGUGUGGAUCGGGGUGGGCUUCUCCUCCAGCGUGGCCCUCAUGUGGCUCAUCUCAGGGAUAUUCAGCUUUCUGGCUUCGUUCCUGGUCUGGGAGCCUCUGAAGGUGCUGCUGGAAGCCCUCUAUUUCUCCCUGGUUGCCAAGAGGCUGCACCCGGAGGAGGACGACACGUUGGUGGAGCAGCCCUGCGUGGAACACGUGUCCGAGAGGAUCAGCAAAGUCCGGCCCCCACAAGGAUUUGCCCUCUUCCAGGCCAAGGAGGAGGCCAGGAAGGUCAAACUGCUGCACAGGAUGCUCAAGAAUUUCCUCAUCUACAUGAUGUUCUUGCUGGUGGUCCUGCUCACCAACUACGGCGACGCCUCCCGCACCAGCCGGGCCUUCCUCCUGCAGAGCUCCGUCAAACAGCAGCUGGGAAGCAACGACUUCCUGCUCAUCAAGAGGUCGGAUCAGUUCUGGGUGUGGAUGUCUCAGGUGUUCCUGCCUUACCUGUACAACAAUGGCUCUGGCCAGGAGAGCCACAGCACCACGCUGGGGACAGCCCGGCUGCGCCAGCUCCGGCUGCGGGGAGCUGAGUGCCAGCAGAGUGCCCAGGAUAUCCUGCAGGGCUUGGGCAGUGCCCAGAGGAGCUGCACUGACCAGCACAUCUUUGCCACUGCUGACUAUGGAGUGGGCUGGGAGAGCACGGCUGGAAAUGGGACGGCAGCGUGGGUACACUCAGCACCCGACCUAGCGGGGAUCUGGUACUGGGGCUACAUCUCCUUCUAUGACAGCAGCGGCUACGUGCAGGAGCUGGGUCCUUCCCUGGAGGAGAGCCGGGCUCAGCUGGAAUUCUUGCAGCAGCACACGUGGAUCGACAACAUGAGCCGGGCAGUGUUCGUGGAGCUGCUGCAGUACAACCCCAGCGUGGACCUGCACGUGGCCGUCACCCUGCGCCUGGAGUUCCCUGGGGCCGGCCAGGCCAUUGCCGCGGUCACCAUCAGCCCCUUCCCCCUGCUGAGGCUCAGUGGGGGGGUCACCCUGCAGCUCCUCAUGAUGGUUUUCCUCAUGCUGUUUGUGGUUUACUUCGUGGUGUCGGAGUCUCUGGCCAUCAAAAAGGAAGGCAGAGCCUACUUCACCCUGUGGGGCAACUAUGGCCAGUGGGUUUUUAUCCUGCUCACCACAUGCACGGUGCUGGUGCACCUCAGUCAGGCCACCCUGGCUGACCAGCAGUGGCUCAGGUACCUCAGCAACCGCAGGGGCUUCACCAACUUCUACCAGGUGGCCUUCCUGAGCUCCGUCUUCAGCAGCCUGGCCGCAUCCCUCCUCUUCCUCCUGACCGUGCAGGCUGCCCAGCAGCUGCGCUUCGUCCGACAAUGGUCAGUGUUUGGGAAGACCUUCCAGAAGUCCAUGAAGGAGCUGAUGGCUGCAGGGGUGGCCUUUGCCCUCCUCCUCCUGGCCUAUGCCCAGCUCGGCUUCCUGCUCUUCUCCUCCUCCUCCGAGUCCUUCCGCAGUGUGGGCAGCAGCCUCCUGCUGCUGCUGACCCUUCUGCGGGGCAGCGCCAGCCUCUGGCCCUGCCUGCCCGAGGCCUCAGGGCUCUAUUGCCUCUUCUGCACCACCUACAUUGUGCUGGAGGUGUGGAUUGUGCUGCGGCUGCUCGCGGUGGUGCUGAUCCACAGCUACCGCGACAUGCACUCCGAGCUCUACCGCCCCGCCUUCGAGCCCCAGGACUACGAGAUGGUCGAGCUGUUCGUGCGCAGGCUCAAGAUGUGGAUGGGCUUCAGCAAAGCCAAGGAGUUCCGGCACAAGGUGAGGUUUGAAGGGAUGGAGCCGCUGCCCUCCCGAGACUCCAGCGACUCCAAGUCCUUCCGGGGCCCCACUCCCAGCGCUGCCUCCGACAGCUCCAGGGCCUCCACGUCCUCCAGCCAGCUGGACGGGCUGAGUCUCGUGCUGAGCACCCGCGACAGCCUGGAAGUGGACGCUGACAUCCAGCGCCUCCUCUCCCUCUUCGAGAUGCUGCUGGCGCAGUUCGACCGCGUCAAUCAGGUGACGGAGGACGUGUCCCGCAUCGAGCACCUGCUCGAGUUCUCCCGCAGCCGCCGCGCCCGCAGGAGGCACCGCGGGCCCGAGGGGGGCCCGGGCCAGGGCUGCUCGGGCGGCUCGGAGCAGGGCCCGUCCCCGGAGCUGUCGGACACGGACGCGCUGUCCCCGCGCUGUGCCGGGGCCGUGCCGGGCGGCCGGGGCGCGGUGCCCGGCCGGCUGCUGCGGGCCAGCCGGGGCGUCAGCGCGGCCGCAGGGUCACCGGGCAAGCCCUGUGCCGCCAGGAGGAAACGGCCCCUGCGGGCCAAGAACCGGGUGCACCCCACGGUCAAGUAACGGGGGUGCAGGAGCGAUGCCCUGGCAGGGCUUUGCCGGGGGCGGGCUGUGCCCGCCCGGAGCUGCCGCGGCGGCUGGGCCGGCCGGGCACCGGGGCUCUCCCGCCACGCCGCUGGCACGGCCACCGGCCUUCCAGAACCGGCCCCACGGGAGCAUUCCAGUGUUAAAGAUGGAAGGGGAGAAGGCCGAGCCUUUCCCCAGGGGAUGAGCAGGUGCAGGAGAUCCCUGCUGGCUCACAGGGAGCAGCUGUGGGUUGUUUUAUGGCCCCGGCUGCAACCGGCCACAGGUGGGGACUGGGUGGGUGCAGGGGGAUGGGACAAGGCUCCCCCCCUUCCCUGCUGGCUGUGCCGGAUGGGAAAGGGAGAGGAGAGCCCCAGGCCUCAAAGGUUUGAACCAAGUCUUGGAUUUUUGUUGACCAGACGCACUGUGGAGGAAAGCGACAGCUUUCAAGAAGGUAUUUAAUCCACCUUGUUUUUUAAGCAUAAAUAGAUAUAUAGGGAAAUGCUAUCUACACCCAGAGCAGUUAAUUUCCAGUAUUGGCUACUUUUAUCCUCCAGAAAUUGGUACUAUUAUUUGUAUUUAAAGAAAUCCAAUAUUUAAAACAAAGGACAUUGCAGCGAGCUGGGGACAAGAGACCCCUGGGCUGCCUCAGCCACCUCUGAGCAUGGGGUUCCCAAACUCCCAGCAUGGGAUUCCCGACUCCCAGUGUGGGGUUCCCAACGUGCUGGUGUCACUGCGGUCCCCACCUGCCCUGUCCCCCCGCCGUGGCCCCGGGGUGCAGGCGCCGCUGGCUGCUUGGCUUCUCUAACCCAAGGAAUGUAUUGCUCUAAGUAUAUGUAUUUUUUUGGUUUACUUGUUCCUAUGUACUGCCCAGCACUUUAAACAAGGCUUUCCUCGGCUACCAGUGACACGUGCGAGCUAAGAAUGGGAUAAUAUAUCACAAAAGCAGUAUUUUGUUUGUUUAAAUCAUAAACUGAAAUGGACAGGGAGGAGGGGAGCGCAGCCCCAGCUCAGGCAGCUGUGCCAGCACCUUCCCUGAGCACAAAGGAGGCAGGUGAAGCCCUGAGGGAGCUUUUUUUGGGGGCCCUCCAGCCUUGCCAGCUGGGAUUCACCAUGUGCUGGCCUACAGCUGCUGGGCUACAGCUGGCCUGUGCCAUGGGGCCCCCCAGAUCACAGCCUGGGGGUGCCUGAAGCCCUCUCCAGGGGCUGCCUUCCCCUCCUCAGCCCCAUUUCACCUUAUGGCUAUUGUAAGUAAUUUAUACGGGGUUUGUUUGGUUUUUAAAUGUAUAUAUUUUUGUAUGUUUGCUAUAUUUUCAUAGCAUCGGUACCGUGUUUGAAACAUGUAGAUAGGAGACAGAACACUAUUGUCAGAGUUAUUUAAAGGAUGUAUUAAGUGCUUCUUCCUGGGAAUGUCCCAUGUAUAUAAGGAUUGGGUGUCUGUGUGUGUGUGUGGUGUGUGUGCUCUCCUAGGCUGGCUCGGGGCAGUGGCCACAGGUGGAUGGGGAAAAGCCCCCAGUCGGCCCCUCUGUGUGUUCCAGAACCUGCUCCAUGCUUUGGACAGGUGAGAAGGGUGGGAGGGAAGGCUGAGAGGGGCAGAGCUGCAGGGCAGGAGCCUCAGGUUCAGCUGCCUCUGGUGCUGGUGGGCCAGGAAGCACCUUCCCAGGACAGGGGAGACUUCUCCAGGCAGAGAGAGGGGGCUCCUAAAACACUUCCAUUGUUCCAUCCCCUCCUGAACCUCCCCUCCAGCCCCCAGCUGUGUUGGAUAUUUGUGAAGGUUUCAUUCCAGCAUCCAUGUGCUUUCUUGGCCAUGUGUGUCAGGGUGACUGCAGGGGAAACAGGGUGCUCGGGGAUGCCUUUGGGACAGGUCUAAGUUACCUUUGGAAAACUCAGGUGCUGUUCAGGACAGACGUUGUGGAAAGGUUGUGGAGGGAUGAGGGCAGGAGGAGACAAGUGAGGUGGUGCUUGGUCGGCAUGGAGGUGUUGGAGCAGCAGAGGGCACAGAGAAGUGGAGUGCAGAGGGGAGAAAUCCAAUACUGGUAACCAGGACAGGUUGGUAGUGGCAGAAGGGCAGGUGGGAGAGGGCAGUGAAGGGCCCAGAGGGCAGGAGUGGGACAGGGAGGGGCCUAGAGGGUGCCUGGAGCAGGCAGAACCAGCAGCUGGAGGCUGAGCCCAGGUGCUGGUCAGCUUUGUGCUCUGUGCUCAGAAAAAAUCCCUGGUUUUCAAGUCAGAGAAAACUAUUUGCCUUGGAUUUUUUGUUCCUUUGACUUCCCAGGCAGCACAGCACCAGGCUCAGCUUGGCAUAUGCCUGUGACUCCUUUUUGGUGACAGGGACAGUGCCAGUGCCAUGUCCCCAAACCCCCAAGGCAGUAGAGGAGCAGUGGGGAGGUGUCCCAGAGACCUGGGAUGUCCCCAGGGCCCAGGGCUGGAGUCCCUCCAGCUCCAAAGCUCCUUUGCCCUGCACACCUGCCCUGGCACAGCCCCUGGCACCUGUGUGGAGCACCAGGGCUGUAGAUCCAACCCCUCCGAGGGCCUUGUGGGAAUUUUCAGUGAUUGAAAUGUCCCAAAUUAACCAAGCAGGUCUUGGAAAUCUCUUGAAGAGCCAAAAAGUUAAGUUCUGAUGCAGGGGUCAGUUCUCAGCUUGAGUAUCCCCAUUAGAAGAAGUUGGGAGUAGGAGGGAAGUGUGGGAAGGAGACGGAGGCAGGAGGGGGCAGCAGGGCCCCAAAUACUUGGAGCAGCCACCCCUAAGCUAAGGGGCAGCUGGAACAAAGAUGCUCCCCAAACCCAUCAGGAUUUUUGUUCCCAAGUGCCUGUUCCUUGCCCUGCCUGUGUGUGUGAGUGUGACUCGGUGCGUGUGACUUUACCAAGUGCUCCUUCUGAUCGGAGAGGAGCAGAAAUGGGAUCAGACAACUGCCCUACUUCUGGCCUUCCCUGAAGUAUGGAGAGCAGCUCUGCCCCCCACAGUUCCUUGAAAAGCCCAGCCCUGGGUGGUGGGCAGCACCCACAGCUUCCAGCACUCACAGUUCUCAGUGCAGCAGUUCCUGUGCCAGCUCCAGCAGCAUCCCAGGGUCCCCUCCAUGUCCCAGCUAAGGCUCCUCUGCAGCCAGAGGCAUUUAGUCAUGGAGUUACACCCUCACAGCAAUAAACUUGACUCAAAGCCCAUAAAUCCCCCUGAAUGUAUAUUUUUGUGUCUGUAGUCACCGAGAGAUGGUGUCUUAUUUAUUGCCUUGAAUCUCACAAUGAUGCAUCAGGAUCAAGCUGCUUAAAUGAAAAAUGAAACCCCCAUCCAUUUAUUCCAAGGGAGAGGGAGGGACUUCUGUAAGUGCCUUAUUUUUUUUUUUUUUCAAAGAACAACGAUUAUGACCAAAAUGCCAAUGGUUCCUGUCUGGUCAGCAUUUCACUGCAAACAAAAAUGGUGUAUUUUUUAACUGUGGGGAUGUUUCUUACAAACUGACAAAGUCAAAUAAACACUGACUGCUAAAA